AAAAAAUAAAAGAUGGAAGAUCAAAUUUUAACAAACAAUAAUAAUAUAAAUGAUAUAGAGGAAGAAAGAAUUUGCUUAAGAUGUGAAGCUACCUCUAAUGUAUGGAGAAGGGGCCCAGAUGACUCUCUUUUAUGUAAUGCUUGUGGUUUGGAGUACAAAAAACUUUUGAAAAUUUUCAAUGGAAUCCAUGGUGAGAGUGAAUAUAAUGCGGAUAUAGAUCCAUUUUCAUUCACCACUUCGGUAUUCAUGGCAGGAGUAUAUUUUGAAUUGUCUGACUUAAAAUUAAUCUUAUUGGCAUUUUUUAGUAUCCCCAUUGACAAAGAAAAUGUAUUUACUUUCAAUAACAAUGGAAUCAAAUUUAUUACCGAUGGAGAUAGUUUUUCAAUAUAUGACUGCUCAAAUUGCCCCUUACACAAUUAAUUUUAUGCAAAAUAAAAUUUUUUAAACUUUAUAUUUUCUAAAAAAAAAUAAAUAAACCCAAAGAAAAUGAUUAUGU